AUGGCGUUCGACGGAUCCUACUCAGCGACAUUGAGUCCUACCGUCUCCGACAGCUUCGGGUCGUCGCACAUAUUGUCGAAUUCGAUAUCGUCACUAGGAUCAUCGACAAGCUCGCGUCACUCGCCGUCGCAUAUAUCCAAGGCGUACCGCCAGGCCUCGCAACUGUUCCUGACGCGCCGCCUGCCCGAAGCCCUAUCGACAGUCCUGCCACUGAUCACACCGUCGACCGAAGGUGCCGAUGCGAGCGGGCUGACGGAAUCCGCGCCCAUUGUCCGAGCUUCGAGGUCGACGCGGACAAAGGUGUGGAGCUUGUACCUCACGAUCCUGAAUGCCAUCCUCGAGCUGGAUCCCGACGAGGGCAAAGACGCCUUUGGCACCCAGGAGUGGCGGGCGUUGUGUAAUAAGGUCCGGGACGGUGAUGUCUGGGAGGAGGUCGUACAGUUCGGGUACCACGGUGUCGAGGGGGACGUCGACUCUGACGUGGUCAUCAACCUGGCGACUCUUCUGCUGGCUCAUGCUAGGUCACAAGCACUGAACCAGAAGCGGUUGGAAAAUUAUCUAGCCGCAUCAAAUACACCAAACCUCGAUAUUUCAAAACGACUCGAAGCAACCCGUUCAUCCCGGUACUCGUCGAGGAGUCGCAGAUCACCAUCAAAAGGGGCGGCUAGUGGUGCUGAUACGCCGAGAGACCUCAACGCCAGAGUCAAGAUACUGGAGCUUUACACGCUCCAUGUCUUGCUGCGGAAUAACGAGUGGGACUACGCCAGGGAGUUCAUCAGUGUCAGUUCUGUGCUUGACGAGGAGAGACGAGAUGCAUUUCUACAAGCUCUGCAGAGUUUGCAGGAAGACCAACAGGAAUCCGAGCGGAGGGAAACCGAAGAGAGACAGAGACAAGAGGACCAGUUGAAGAAAGACCUCGAGGAGGCGAGAAGGUUCAGAGCUGAGAACGAAGCACGUGAACGAAGACGCCUAGACGAGGAGCGAGCACGACGAGAAGGGAGUGAAGUCGACUAUGGCAUUGAACAGAACCCAAGUAGCCCUGGAUCCAGCAAAGCCCGGCCUACCAAAAACGGUUCCGCAGUGUCAAAACCAGCCAAGUCGACCACGCCCAAGAAGAAAGCCGUGGCAGCACCGGGUUUUGGGACCAGGGCAGCCAUGAUCUUAGCAAACCUUAGCAAUGCCAUUGGACAGAUGGGUGCUUCGUUCAAGGCCAAUCCCAUGCUUCUGAUGAGGUUCAUUGCUUUCAUCAUCAGUAUCGUUGUCAUGUUUAGCCGAAGAGAUAUUAGGGAGCGCAUCCAGCGCAUUGUAGGGACAGCAUGGAGUAAGGUCAGGUCGACCGCCGGCAUGGGAGUCAAGGUCAGCUACAUUUAG